AUGCCCGAAUCGACAAUCAUAAAAAGCGGCCACAACCCAGACGCAAAAUGUACAAAACCUACCGAAACCUUCACCGGCGACGUCUAUCUUGAUCCCAUACACUUCGAUACCGAAGCAGCAAUUGCCAAUGUCACAUUCACCCCCUGUGCCCGAACUCACUGGCAUACCCAUGAGAAGGGUCAAAUGAUCAAAGUCGUUGCCGGCAAUGGCUGGAUCUGCGAUAAGGGCGGUGUUCCACGGAGACUGAAGACUGGCGAUGUUGUCUGGGCACCGGCUGGGACUACCCAUUGGCAUGGGGCUGAUGAGGGUAGUAUUAUGACGCAUUUUGUUGUUGGGCUUGGGAGGACCGUUUGGCAUGAGGCUGUCAGUGAUGAGGAGUAUGGGAAGAAGGGUAGUAGCUAG